AUGUAUGCUAAGUUGUCCAAGUCUGAUUUUUCGUUGAAAGAAGUUAGUUUUCUUGGUCAUGUCCUUUCAGGUGAUGGUAUUGUCGUGGAUCCGUCUAAAGUUGAUGCUGUGUUGAGAUGGCAGACUCCUAAGUCGGCUACCGAGAGUAGAAGCUUUUUGAGAUUAGGAGGUUAUUAUAGAAGGUUCAGUGAAGGAUUCUCUAAGUUGGCACUUCCAUUGACUAGGUUGACUUGUAAGGGUAAGGCUUUUGUGUGCGAUCUUCAAUGUGAAGAGAGUUUUAUCGAGUUGAAGCAGAGAUUGACGUCGGCACCGAUUUUCAUAUUACUUAAUCCGGAAGAAUCACUUAUGCUUUAUUGUGAUGCUUCUAAUAUGGGUUUAUGA